AUGGACGAGGACAACAUCGGUAACAGAAUUCACAGGCUAGCUACCCACGAGUGGGCCAAGCGAUCCCUUGACGACUACGGCAAUGCAGGCGUCGAGAGAUUGGCAUCAGGCUAUCGCGAGGGUCAAACAUGCACAUGGCAGCUGAAAAACAAUGGAUCCUUCAACUCUUGCCAUAAGGUUCUAUUCGACGAUGGAACAGCAUGGGCUGUCCGGUUUCCUAUACCUGGCCGUGUCAUGAAUCCAUACGAGAAGAUCUGUCGGGAAGUGGCCAUCAUGAAAUUUGUCAGGGAGAACACCAGCAUACCUGUUCCAAGAGUCAUAGCUUUCGGCACUGCUGCAGAAAAUCAUGAUCCCGCCAUAGGACCAUUUCUCAUAACAGAAUGGAUCGAAGGUAAACCCGUCACAGCAUUUCUUGAGAAACUUCCACGACCAAGUUGGGGCCCUGUGUUCCGAGACGACAUUGGAGAAACCCAGCUUCGUACUAUCUAUAGCCAGAUAGCUAGCAUUCUUCUGGAGCUUGCGCAACACGACUUUGACAAGAUUGGCACGCUAUCUGCGGGCCAGAAUCAUUCAGAAACCUCUGUGUGGUCUGUCAAAUCAAGACCAAUGACCCUCAGGGUAGACGAUAUCGAGGCAGGUGGCAAUGUUGUUGCAGACAAUCACAACCUGCCUGCUUUCACCACCGCCACUGAAUAUAUGCAAAACCUUGUACAACAGAACAUCACACAUCUAUACGAACAGAGAAACUCUGUUGAUGAUGCUGCUGAUGCUCGACGCAAAUUCGUUCUACGCUGCCGCAUGAGAGAAUCGGUCCCAUAUUUCGUCUCUGCAGACCACAACGCCGGUCCGUUCAAACUGUUCUGUGAUGAUUUUCGCUUCGGCAAUAUAUUGAUGAACGAAACAACCCUCAAGUUCACUGGCGUCAUCGAUUGGGAAUGGGCAUAUGCCGCCCCUUAUCAAUUCUUGUUCUGUCCACCUUCGUGGCUGAUCUUGGAGCGGCCAACUACCUGGACGAAAGACGAAGAACAACAAUACGAUGAGAAGUUAGCGAUAUUUCUGGAAUGCCUGGAAGAGGAGGAGGACAAGAGACAAAGCGAAAAGUUCCAGAAAAUCUCGGGAGAUCAACGCAUGUCAAGCUUGAUGCGCAAGUCUUACGAAGAUGGAACNUUUUGGUUCAUGGCACUUCUUCAGGAGGCCUUUGCUUUCGACGAGGAGGUCCUAUGGCUGAANCCUCGAAAAGUGCUUCGCAAAAGGGAAUUGCUAGACGUGGGUGUACCCAGUGAAAGAUACAUCGAGGAAUUUGUGGAAAAGAAAGUGCAAGAUCUGGAGAAAUACAAUCAAGAUCUGCUUCUUGCAAAAUUGAGGUAUGGCACUGAUCUGUGA